AUGAGAGAACGCCAACCUCGUCGCGAAGACUACACCGUAGGCUGGAUCUGCGCUCUGCCAAUCGAACUAGCAGCCGCACAAGCAAUCUCCGCCGCGACCGUGGCAAUCCAAAUGCGCUCGGCGUUUCCAUCCAUCAGAUUCGGCCUCAUGGGGGGAAUCGGCGGGGGUGUUCCCAGUCCUGAGCAUGAUAUCCGGCUGGGAGAUGUGGUUGUUGGUCGACCAGAUAAUCAAUGUGGGGGCGUGGUGCAGUAUGACUUUGGGAAGAGCACGUCUAAUGGGUUUGUACCACGGGUGACGUGUGAGGCAUGCGAUAAGGAACAAUCGACUCAACGAGACGAACGUGAAGGCCAUGAUACCAAAGUGCAUUAUGGAACAAUUGCGUCAGGGAAUCAAGUACUCAAGGAUGCGCAUGAACGAGACCGACUCGCAGCAGAGUUAGGUAGGGUGUUGUGCUUCGAGAUGGAGGCUGCCGGGCUGGUGAAUAAUUUCCCAUGCCUGGUGAUCCGAGGCAUUUGUGAUUAUGCCGACUCGCAUAAGAACAAGGAAUGGCAGCCUUAUGCUGCCGGGGUGGCGGCUGCUUAUGCGAAGGAGUUGUUGUCGGUUAUACCACCAGGGCAUGUGGAGAGAACAUGA